AAUAUUGGAUAAAAAACAAACCAUGAGUACUUCAUAUCUACAGUCUUAUUAUCGCAAGGGUUCUACAUUACUAACUUCUGAACAAAUAGAGAUAAUUAGAAUGCUCAAGGGGAAGAUUAGCACUACUAUACCAACUCACACCGAAGGGGGGAUAUUACAUUUGGAAGAGACGGAGUCUCGAGUUAAGGACUCAUCUACUACUCUCCCCAAUAAAGAGAUAAAAAAGAGAAGUUCCAAAUCUAGGCCUAGCUCCAAAGGAGCCACUUCCAGCAAAUCAGUAUUAUGUAAUAAUGAGCUCCACUCUCGCAUACCCGAUUUAAUACUUGCUAAUAGCUCAACAUUAGUUAAUAUCAGUGGGGGUGAUAUGACCUCAGAAAAAUUGGAUGCAUCAUAUGAGCAAAAAAUUAAAAGAAAUGAAGAGUUUAAAUCAAAGUUGACGCAUGUAGUGAAAUAG